AUGGAGAGCGGCGCCAGCUUGGUGUCCACCACUGGGGCGCUGCCUUGCUACGUGGCCUUCUCCCAGCUGCUGGGCCUGACCGUGGUGACCAUGACUGGCGCUUGGCUCGGUCUGUACCGAGGCGGCAUUGCUUGGGAAGGCGUCCUGCAGUUUAACGUGCAUCCCCUGUGCAUGGUCAUUGGCUUGAUCUUCCUGCAGGGAGAUGCGCUGCUGGUUUACCGGGUCUUCAGGAAGGAAGCCAAACGCACCACCAAGGUCCUGCACGGGCUGCUGCACGUCUUUGCGUUCGUCAUAGCCCUGGUGGGCUUGGUGGCGGUGUUCGACUACCACAAGAAGGAGGGCUAUGCUGACCUGUACAGCCUGCACAGCUGGUUUGGGAUCCUUGUCUUCGUCCUUUACUUUGUGCAGUGGCUUAUGGGCUUCAGCUUCUUCCUGUUCCCUGGAGCUUCGUUUUCUCUGCGGAGCCGCUACCGCCCACAGCACAUCUUCUUCGGCGCCACGAUCUUCCUCCUCUCUGUGGGCACAGCCCUGCUGGGCCUGAAGGAGGCGCUGCUGUUUGAACUUGGGGCCAAGUAUAGCACGUUCGUGCCUGAGGGUGUGCUGGCCAACCUGCUGGGCUUGCUGCUGGCCUGCUUCGGCGCCACCGUGCUCUACAUCCUGACCCGUGCCGACUGGAAGCGGCCUGCCCAGGCCGAGGAGCAGGCCCUCUCCAUGGACUUCAAGACACUGACGGAGGGAGACAGCCCCAGCUCCCAGUGACAGCCUUCCUCGUCCUGUGAGGAGGGGCCUAGCAGCCCCUAGGUCCUGUAGGGGUCUUCAGAGGUGUCUGUUUGCCCACCACCUGCUGAGGCUGUCUACAGGACUGGUGGCUCCCAUGGGACGGGCUGGGGAGUGUGGCUGCAGCUGUGUCUGUUUUAGCACUGACUUCUGGGCUUAGGGCUUGUCCUCUGCUUUCCCUUCCUCGCUGCUGCUGUAGACGAGUCCGGUUUGUCCUGCGCAGGCCCUGUGCCCCUGUUACCCCCUCACAUGCAGAAGGCUUUGGUCAGGGAUUUGGGUGGUCAACCCUGGUCACAGAAGCACAGAUCCCUGUAAGAGUUGGAGAGCGGCUCCUCCCUCAAGGCAGCAGACGUCUAGGGUGAGGCCAGGGGAAAGUGUGGGGCCUCAGGGACAGGCCUGGAAAAGCCAAGACUGCUGCUUUUUGUAACCCUGAGUUCACACCAGGAGUCCCUCUAGCCUGGAUAACACGUGGUACAAAUGGGCCCAACCUUUGGCAGUGGAGCCAGUGAUAUUACAUGUAAAGUAUGUUGCUGUUCAGAGCAAGGUUCCCCAGGAGAGGGGAGGGACUUGCCCCUGGGAAGCACCAGAGAUGUGGCUUAGGCCCAGCUACAGUCUUGGGCCUUCCUUUUCUUUAACCUUUUAGCUCCAGAAUGGCUUUGCCAGGAGAGAGGAUGGAAACACAUGACUUCAGACAAACUUCCCCAUGGCAGAUGAGGGGCCGAUGAGGGCAGCCUGAACAGCAGGCAGGAGGUGGCCUUCUCCAGAGGAUGCUGUGGCUUGGGCGGGGGAGGCUGGUGUCCUACAGCCCCCCGCUGCAGAGACUCCCUCCCAGCAGUGGCCUGGCCGCAGCCAGCAAGCUCCUGCUUACCCCCACCCCCCGCUCUUCUCGCCCCGGUUUCCACCGACAAGCUGGUUCCUGCACUGCUCUGACGGGGACCUGCGAGCACUUUUUGUUUUUAAAUGAAAAGCUGUUGCCUCCUUUUGAUGGAGCCCCACAAGGGCUGCUUGCUGGCUGAGCUCCUCCUACUUGAGCUGCCUGCUUCUGUUGUGAAAGAUAAGCCUCCUCCUUUCUUACCUGGUGCCCAUCUUUGCAGGAAGAAGUCAGGACUGAGUCAGAAUUAGAUUAAUCCUCUGUGGUGUCUGGACAUCACUCUAACCCCAUAAAGUGUGUUGUGUUUUUCGCUGAGUCACUAUUUGGCUUCAGUCUAGAAAAAAUGUGAUUAGAGCAUUGAUCUUGUGCUUCUUGGAUUUGGCAAAUCCUCUGUUUUCCUUGUUUUCUGGGCUUUGAGGAGCAGGACACAGUUUGAGGCAGACACAGUUUAUUUAAGUGAAGAAAUUAAUAAAAUUUUCAAACCUGACUACUGUUCUUUUAAUGGUUGCCCUUUUCACACCUAACUACUGCCUUAAAGAAACAGGCUAGUCUCCUCCAGUGCUGGGAUAUCUAAUAAUUGGCUUCUGCUCUGGGUCCUGCCUCAGGGGCGUCACUUCUUGGAGCAGGUGGUCCAGCCCCCUCCCCUGGCAGGGCCGCCCAGACUCCUCUGAGCCCCUUUCCCUGCCUCCUCUCAGCUUGCGUGGAAGAUGGUGUUAGCUUCCAGCUUAGAUCGUAUUGUCUGUGAGGGCAGGGGCUCUAUCAAUUCUUUAAUCACCUGGCACACACUUGUACGGUUAAAUGUUUACAUGUGGGAAAACUCCACCUUAGACAAACUGGGGAAGUACACUUGUGUAUCUCCCUUGCCAGAAUCCUACACUGAGAAACCGAGCCUUAGAUUUGCAAUGGAAGUUUGUUAUCUAGUCUGUUUGCUAAAGUAUAUGUUGGAUGACGAAGGAGCCAAAAA